AUGGCAAGCCAAAAAUCAAAUACUUCAACAUCGAAUAUUGAAAAUUCACAAUUAAAUACGAGGAAAAAUGAAAUUCAGAAUGAAACCAAUAUACAAUCAAUUUGUUUUGUGGAAAAUUUUGUACUUAUUUGGCUUGAUGCGAAUGUGAAAGAAUCAUCUGAUCAAUUUUAUGAUUCAGUUCAUCAACUUCAACGUUUUGUAAAUACAAUUAUAUUAGUUUCUGAUGAAAUUGAAUAUGCUGAUUUGAUUCAUUAUACAAAAAAUGAAAAAGUAUUCAUAAUUGUUUCAGGAACUUUUGGCAUCAACUUAGCAGAUAUUAUGGAAGAAACACCUCAAAUUUAUUCUAUUUAUGUCUAUUGUGAUCAAAGAGAAUAUCAUGAAAAAUGGGCAACAAAUUUUCGAAAAAUAAAAGGUGUUUUUACUGAUAUGAUACCUAUUUGUGAGGCACUUCGACGAGAUGUACGUCAAGCAAAUAAUGAUUUGAUAUCAAUUAAUAUUCUUCAAUCAACAAAAUCACCUGAGUUAGAUCAAUUAUUUAUUUGUUCAUUGAUACUUAAAGAAGUUUUAAUCAAUAAUGAAUAUAAUGAAGAAACUAUAAAAGAAUUUAUAAAAUUUUGUCGUGUACAUUAUAAUAAUAAUUCUUAUCAAACUAAGAUAAUUAAGAAUUAUGAAAAGAACAAUAAAAAAUUAUCACCUAUUCAAUUAUAUACUAGUGAAUGUUUUUUAUAUUCAAUGUUAAAUAGAGCAUUGCGAUUAUAUGAUAUAAAAAUUCUUACUAAAAUCAAUUUUUUCGUUGAAAAUUUACAUGAACAAAUUAAAAAAAUAUAUUCACAAUCAAAUGAUCAACAACAAAUAACUGUUUAUCAUGAGCAAACAAUUUCCAAUGAUCAAUUUUUACAAUUACAAAAAAAUUUAAAUAGUUUAAUUUCAUUCAAUACAUUUUUAAUGGCGACAAUGGAUAAAGAAUUGUCAUUAAAAUUUCUUGAACAAUCUCAAAAUAAUCCUGAUUUAAUAGAUGUUCUUUUUAAAAUAAAAAUUGAUCGAUCAAUAUCAUCAUAUCCAUUUAUUAUAUUAGACGAAUUCGAUCAUUAUAAAGAUACUGACCGAUAUGUUCUAUUUUCAUUAAAUGCUAUCUUUCAAAUUAAGAAAAUUCAACAAUUAAAUGAACGAUUAUGGCAAGUUAAUCUAAUUUUGGCUAAAGAUGAUGAUGAAAAACUAAAAUCUAUCAAUAAAUGGAUUGAGAAAGAAUUCAAUCAAUUGAAUGGAUUUCUAAGAUUGGGUCAAAUGAUGAUUAAUAUUGACAAAAGAGAUAGAGCCAAAGAGUUUUAUGAAAUGUUACUUGAGAGCACACCUGAAGAUGAUAUAGAAAUGUUUGCUUAUAUUCAUCGUAAGCUUGGCUAUAUAAAUGAUCAAAACAAUGAAUUGAAUAUUGCACUUAGUCAUUAUGAAAAAAGUUAUGAAAUUCGAUCGAAAAAUAUUCAAGCAAAUGAUCCUCGUUUUUGCAAAAUUUAUGCAGGCAUGGGUGCGAUUGAAAGAAAACAAGGUCAUUUCGAAAAAGCAAUUGAACAUUUUCAGUUGACUCUUGAUAUCUACAAGCACAGUUCAAAACCCAAUCCAUCACUUAUGGCAUUUUGUUUAUUUAACAUUGGCUUAAUCUUCUGUGAACAAAAUAAAUAUGAUGAAGCACGUGAUAAAUUAGAAAAAGCGCUCAGAUAUCAAAAAGAUAGUUCUUCACAUAAUUAUGAUUUAUUAGCUAAAAUUCAUAGCAAUUUAUCUAUAGUGUUUGAACAUCUUACUGACUAUAAACAUGCUAUAGAACAUGCACAGAAAGCAUUAGAAAUAGCAACUAAUAUAAUUGAACCAAACCAUAAUCAAAUCGGUAUAUAUCAAGACCAUCUCAAUAAACUUUAUCAAAAAAUUGAUGAAUGA